CCGGCGACUGCCGCUCUAUCAAACUCGUAUUUCGCGGCUGCUGAACGCAUAAGUCCUGUAAUCGUGAACGGGCUAUGGUUCUCUGCGCUGUCUCUAACUCUCAUCACGGCCUUUAUUUCUAUCAUUGUGAGAACCUGGCUCAACUAUUCUACACGAUUCAGCACCUUCUUGACAACUCAUGAGAGGAUACAUUUGUGGCACUUUUGGCGUAGAGGCCUCGCUAACCGGAAAGUGCCCGAGAUAAUCGGCUGGCUUCCAUUCCUCUUACAGAUUGCCCUCAUACUCUUCCUUUGUGGACUCAUCUUGUUCAUCGAUACACUCAGCCCACUCAUCGCGUACAUCAUUUCGGCUAUGGUGGUCUCCUUGGGAUUCUUCAUAGUGGCCACGGUCGCAUUCACUCUCAUGACGCCCGAAUGUUCCUACAAAUCACCACAAACCUGGUACUUCCUUGUAUUCGCUACGAAAUUAUGGGGCGCGAUCGUUGCAUUGAUUAGAGCCAUUCGGCACAUCUUUUCGCGUGGCGCAUGGGGGCCAAUAUCGUACUUGCUGAUUCCAGUGUCGAAACGCUGGAAUAGUCCAUUUUAUAAACUUUCUAAUGACUGGACAGCAUUCGAGGAGCAUUGCCUGAACGUGAAUUAUCAGGACGACCUCGCUCUGCUGAUCGAGGUGGAUGCAGCAGCGAAAGAUGACACGUUCCUAGAAGACGUCAUUCGACCUCGUCUUCGGGCCGCCUCUGCAGAGGAAGCAUUAUCCGUCCUCAUCGACAUACUGAAGCACAGGGCCAUCAAGAUCAGAGACCCGACAAAGAUCAGAGACCCGACAGUGUCCUCUCUUAUUGCCGAAGAAAGAGGUUUAAAGACUAUCGCUCAGAUAGCGCAGAUCACCAUGGACGCGAUGUUUACAACCCUUGGUGCCCUAAACGAGAGCGAGACGAGUCAGAGCGGAGAAACACAUCUAAGCGGCACCUAG